CCUGGUUCUUACUGAACAGUUUGGUUGCGGGGUGGGACGUCUCGAAGAGUCGAUGACUUCUUUUUCGAUAGACUAGCCACAUGGUCGAGCUAUCCACUCUCGACUUAUCUUCCUCUGACCGCGAUGUAUUCGUCUAUCGAGCACAGAAAGUGAGCAUCUCCGUGCUGUUUGAUGGGAAAGAGAGAUGCAGCAGGCGGAUCCGUUGGUCGGGCGCAAACUUGCUGCGCGGCAAACCGUCUCGCAGCGAACGAUGGAUCUCCCGCUCUCCGAAGGCGAAGAGACUCAGGAGGACUUAGCAGCAGGCUUUCGAAGUCGCCCUUCAAUGGCAUGCGACAUGUGCCGCAGAAGGAAGAUCAAAUGUCAACCGGAACUAAGCGGUAAAGGCUGCGUGCAGUGCAUGCGCCGCAAGAUCAAAUGCAACUAUGGCUCGAAGAAGUUAAGAAGGGAGUCUCUGAAGAGGGAACAGCAUAUUAGAUGGUUGGAGAAUCGGUUAAAGCGCGUCCAGGAGAUACUGAAAAGCGCGGGUGUCUUGGAUGAGAAUUAUGUCGACGAAGACAUCACGGUUGCGGAGGAUGAUCAGCUGGCUGGAUAUGAGCAUGAUCUAGGCGGUGAACAACGAGAUGACGAUGAAGAUCAUUGGGAGGUCGAAGAUGCCAUUGGAACCGAACCGUCAUGGCAAGAUGGAUUAUUUCCAUCUGCGUACGGUUCAAUGGAUGUUGUGUCUUGCCCCAUACCCCAGACGACACAAUCUGCUGCCACUGGACGUAUACAAUCAGUCUCCUUGACCCCGUCAUCGUCGUCAUCUGAAGACCAGUCCAUGACCGAACUGGAUUCUUUGACUUCAUAUAUCAUCACGACAAAUGAGAAAGAUGAGCCCCGUUACUUUGGACGAGCCUCCACUCUGUCUAUAUUUUCCGCGGAUGGGCUUCAAUGGAUAAGACACAAAACGGGUGAUGAUAGUAUUCCUGAUACAAUAUUCGCUAGACCACCAGAUGAGAAUACAUCCAAGUACUAUCCACCUGACGUGUAUCACGAUAUAUUUGAAUCCCACGUCUAUAAACCUCUACCUCCGAGGACGGAGGUCUUCACACUGCUAAAGCAUUACUUUCGGGAUGCGAACAGGCUAUUCCCCAUUUAUCAUGAGGCUAGCUUCAUGCGCUUGGUCGAAUGGCAAUAUAGGCAACAGACAUGCAAAGAUGCGGCAUUAUGGGCGAGCAUCAAUGUUAUGAUCGCUGUCGCAUACCGCUAUCGGUUAGCAAAUAGCAUACGACCUGAGCGGGACAACGAGAAAGCCUGGUUGUAUUUCAAGAAUGCAUUAUCAGUGCUGGCUGACCUGACGUUACGGCGUACUGAUCUAUUGAGUGCACAGGCUUUGCUUACAAUGGCCAUGUUUCUGAGGGGUAACUCUACACUCCAAACGGCGCUUCCACUUGUGACUGCAGCUAUGAGGAUUUGCCAUCAGCUGGGUCUUCACAGACGGUCCACAGGGAACGGUCUUCCUCUAGUAGAACAGGAGCAAAGGAGGAGAGUGUUUUGGGUAGGCUAUGUGCUCGACCAGAGUGUAUCUAUCCGUGCAGGCAAUGCACCAUCACAAGCCGAUGACUUCGACGUUGACUUCCCGACGGACAAUAUUGACGACCAAGAAGAUGGCCCUGAUGUGCAGUGGUUCUCUCUUCUUGCACGUCUAUCAGUUAUUAAAGGAAGGAUUUACAAGAGACUGUAUUCGGCGAAAUCCCUAAGGAGAUCUCCGCGGGAGAUUAUCGCGACGAUCAAGGAACUGAAUGCAGAACUCGACGAAUGGAAAUCCAAUAGUCAGGAAAUAGUUCACCGCGAACAAGGAAACGAUGAACGAGACUUCAUGUUCAACCUCUCGAGGAUGGCUCUUGAGUUGGCCUACUACAAUGCAGUUAUAAUGGUCAAUCGCAUGCCUGUCCUCCACGAUUCUUUCUUAGUCGUGCACUUCCCGGCUGCCGUCACCAGGCCUUACUUCGCGCAGGCAUUGGAGUCCAAUGCAAUUUGUGUCCAGGCCGCUCGUGAUUCAUUAAGACUUAUGAACACGAUGCCUUGGGGAGACGUAGCAUGGAUGUGGGCGUUAUUAUAUUACUUGUUUCUAUCAACAAUCAUUGUGUUCGUGAAUAUCCUACGGAAUGCGACCCAUCCGAAGGCCAGGGAAGAUCUCCGAUCACUGAGCAUGGCAGUGACCUUUUUCAACACUUUGGCACCCGGGGAUGGUAUCCGCAGCAGUGCGAAAUUCAUGACGAAUACAUGCUCCGUGUUUGAGCGGAUAGCGAAAGCGGUAGUUGAGAGGGCAGAAAAGGAUAGCAAAUCUCGGAAAAGCUUGCGAGGCGAGAAGAUUUCAGAUAUUUCGGCGCCAAUUAACGAGCAAAAAGACAGCACUCUGCGUGGUUCAGAGAAAACAACGUGUUUAGCGGAGCCUUCGGAAGCGGUCGAGAACGUCACGAAUGCCGGAAUUCCGACUGCCGAGGGUUAUGGCAGCACCGUGGCAGCAGAUCCUCACAACUCGGAAGAUCACUUUUCAUACAUCACAAAUCCGUCUACUGCAGGAGCGGUAGAGGAAGCCAGAGAACAUGCUGAGCGGAUUUCAGGGUUGACGAACUUAGACCCUCCUAUAUCGGAUGCAUACACCUUUUUCAAUAAUAUGCUAGUGCCGCCAGAUCUAUGGCAGAUCCCCAUGGGUGCUGACUGGGAGUUGCGAAAUCAGUUCCCCGGAGCUGUUUUCUCACAGGGCUUCUCAGAAUUACAUGGACCAGGGGGUGUCCUAGAAGGGAUGCCAAUACCCGAACAGCCAGUUUACGGGUACGGCAUGCCAAACUUGCAGCAAGAUAAUCAACGAGAUGGUAAUUGCAACACCUACGAUCUAUACGACUUUUUCCAAUGAGCAUCCGGAGUUUCAUCACGAUCAGCUUGAUUUAUCGCUAAAUAUGUCAGCUGUGGUACGUGCUAUCCACCAUUGAUACUGACGGAAAGCCUGAGAGGCAUUUCGCGACUAGCUUCUUUUUAGAGGCUGCUACUCCGAUCAUGCUUAUUCGAGUUUCCGAAUAUUCAACCUCAACUACUAGGUAAUGAUCUACGAUUUAUGAAUCAAAAAAAUAUAAUGAACACGAUAAUUCAGAUCUCAGUUAUG